AUCCGUUUAACCAAUCAUUACUCAUCAUCCCCUCCAUUUUUCCUUCCCUUCUCCCUGUAAAUCCCAAACACCAACCCCAAAAUUCCACUCAACAAAUUUUCCCUAUAAAUCCAUAGUGUAAAAUAUUUUUCACUCUUUUCCACUUCACAGAUUCCAAAUUCACUCUGCCUUUGUGUUUUCCCUCCCAAUGAAAUGAUCGUGAACUCCAGCGAUCCGGGACCCAAUUCCCUCGACAUCUCAUCAUCGAAAUCCGUGAACGAAACAGUUAAUGGAUCCCACCACUUCACCAUCCGCGGCUACUCCUUGGCUAAGGGCAUGGGGCCAGGGAAAUACAUUCAAUCUGACACCUUCAGCGUAGGUGGCUACGAAUGGGCAAUUUACUUCUACCCAGAUGGGAAGAACCCCGAUGAUUCUUCCAUGUAUGUAUCGGUCUUUAUUGCGCUUGCUAGUGAGGGUACUGAUGUGAGGGCGCUAUUUGAAUUGACGCUAUUGGACAAGAGUGGGAAAGGGAAGCACAAGGUGCAUAGCCAUUUUGAUAGGGCCCUCGAGAGUGGGCCUUACACUCUUAAAUAUAGGGGAAGCAUGUGGGGUUACAAAAGAUUUUUCAGAAGGACUACUUUAGAAACUUCUGAUUUUUUAAAGGACGAUUGUCUUGCUAUGAGUUGCACUGUGGGAGUUGUAAGAACUCGUAUUGAGGGACCCAAAUUGUAUAGUGUUCCUGUCCCGCCAUCAGACAUAGGUGAAAAUUUCAAGUACCUGCUUGAUUCUGAACUUGGAUGCGAUAUAGUUUUCCAGGUUGGGGAAGAGACAUUUAAAGCUCAUAAGUUGAUACUUGCUACUCGAUCUCCCGUGUUUAGAGCCCAAUUUUUUGGGCUUGUUGGAAAUCCUAAUACUGAUAAAGUAGAGCUCGAGGAUAUUGAAUCUUGUAUCUUCAAGGCAAUGCUCCAUUUUAUCUACACUGACAAACUUGUCGAUUUACAAGAAACUACUGGCUCAACGUCUACGUGUACUUCUGCAAUCAUGUUGCAGCAUUUAUUGGUUGCUUCUGAACGAUUUUGUUUAGAAAGGUUGAAACAGUUAUGUGAAGCAAAAUUGUGUGAAGAGGUUAGUGCUGAUACAGUGGCGACCACUCUUUCCCUGGCAGAACAGCAUCACUGUCCACAGCUCAAGGUUGUAUGUCUGAAAUUUGCAGCAACAAACUUGGGAGUGGUGAUGCAUUCAGAAGGAUUCAAACACUUGGAACAGAGCUGCCCCUCACUGUUAUCUGAGCUCCUGGAAACAGUUGCAUCAGUGGAUGAGAAUUCAAAGCUUAUGCCGAAUAAGAAAAGAAUUGGCAGCAGUAUCUUUGGGUUAGAUCUGGCGGCUGAUGGUGGUGUGGUCGAAUCUUUAAAUCCUAACGGCAGGCGUCUGCGUAGGCGGUUAUAGUGUUGUGAUUGCAUGGCAUUGCAUAAAUGCAGUGAAAUAUGACCGAAAAUGUACCAUUGAAUUCUAGUUUUCCAUACAGUUUUUAUAUUAGUUUAUCUUCAUGGUUCUUUACUCACUAUGAAAUGAAAUUCUAAUGCUUGCAUAAGAUUUGAAAUUUUAUUUAUAAUAUGAGCGUGAUCUUGCCCUGUC